UGCAACUCGCCGAGGGCGGCCGCGGCGCCAUUUUGAAUCGGCUGCGGGUGGGAGGCGGCGGCGGCGGCGGCGGGCGGCUCUGCGUCCCCCGAGAAUCAACCGGCGAGAAGGGAGCGAGGCCCCGAAGAUGGCCGCGAAUCGCAACUUAAAGCAAGUGAGGAUCGAGAACAGCUCGCCGGCGGCGCCGCUGGGCAUGGUGGGGGGCGGCAGCGGCGGUCUGAAGGGCUUGCGAGGCCUGGAAGCGGAGAGUGAGGCGGCGGCGGCGGCCGCCAUGGCGCUGGUGCCGGGUAAAGAGGCUGGAGACGAAGAGCAGGAGGUCGGUUUCACCAUCGACAUCAAGAGCUUCCUCAAGCCGGGCGAGAAGAGCUACACGCAGCGCUGCCGGCUCUUCGUGGGCAACCUGCCGACCGAUAUCACCGAGGAGGAUUUCAAGCGGCUCUUCGAGCGCUACGGGGAGCCCAGCGAGGUCUUCAUCAACCGGGACCGCGGCUUCGGCUUCAUCCGCCUGGAAUCUAGGACACUGGCUGAAAUAGCAAAGGCAGAACUUGACGGUACAAUUUUGAAGAGCAGACCACUUCGCAUUCGAUUUGCUACACAUGGAGCUGCCCUAACAGUCAAGAAUCUUUCACCUGUGGUUUCUAAUGAGCUGCUGGAACAAGCUUUCUCUCAAUUUGGGCCAGUGGAAAGAGCUGUUGUUGUAGUAGAUGAUCGUGGCAGAGCUACAGGAAAAGGUUUCGUAGAGUUUGCAGCAAAACCUCCAGCACGGAAAGCUCUAGAAAGAUGCAGUGAUGGGGCAUUCUUGCUAACAACAACACCUCGACCUGUUGUUGUAGAACCAAUGGAGCAAUUUGAUGAUGAAGAUGGGCUUCCAGAGAAGCUAAUGCAAAAAACACAACAAUAUCACAAGGAAAGAGAACAGCCUCCGCGUUUUGCUCAACCUGGAACAUUUGAGUUUGAGUAUGCUUCACGUUGGAAGGCUCUUGAUGAGAUGGAAAAGCAACAGCGUGAACAGGUUGACAGGAACAUUAGAGAAGCCAAAGAGAAACUAGAGGCAGAAAUGGAAGCAGCUAGACAUGAGCAUCAGCUAAUGCUGAUGAGGCAAGAUCUCAUGCGACGCCAAGAAGAAUUGAGGCGUUUGGAAGAACUUCGGAAUCAAGAACUUCAAAAACGCAAGCAGAUACAAUUGAGACAUGAGGAAGAACAUCGACGGCGUGAAGAGGAGAUGCUACGGCAGAGGGAACAGGAGGAACUGAGACGACAGCAGGAGGGAGGAUUUAAGCCAAAUUUCAUGGACAAUAGAGAACAGGAAAUGAGAAUGGGUGAUAUGGGUCCUCGUGGAGCAAUAAACAUGGGAGAUGCGUUUAGCCCAGCACCUGCUGGUAACCAAGGCCCUCCUCCAAUGAUGGGUAUGAAUAUGAACAACAGAGGAACUUUACCUGGCCCUGCAAUGGGUCCUGGUCCUUCCAUGGGACCAGAAGGAGCUGCAAAUAUGGGAACACCAAUGAUGCCAGAUAAUGGAACAGUGCAUAAUGAGAGAUUCCCUCAAGGAGGUCCAUCACAGAUGGGUUCACCUCUGGUUAGUAGAACGGGCUCUGAAACUCCUCAGCCGCCAAUGAGUGGUGUAGGUGCCGUGAGUGGUGGACCUGGUGGCUUUGGUAGAGGAAACCCAGGGGGCAACUUUGAAGGACCUAACAAGCGUCGCAGAUACUAAAACUUAUUUCAUUCCUUACUGUUAAGAAAUUCCAGUAAAAAUAUACAGUGAUAUGCCUUUAUAAUCUUAGCUGUUAUCUGGAAACGGUUUUAUUGUUAUUGUAGUCUUUAAAACGGUUUCUUUUGUAAAACUUUUUUGUAUUCAGUCAUAGGCUUUGUAGUAUAGAGCAGAAAUGAUGCAGAUCAUUAUGUAAGGCAAUGUGUUUGUGACUAGCAAAAUACAAUGUGUGACUAUGCUGUAAAACAUGCAGUUAUCUGAUUACAAUAAAAUAUAAAAAUCACUUGAAAGGAUUUUGGGAAUGUUAUUACUAAUACUGGGUGAGAAUAAUUUUAUGCUUAAUUAUAAGUGGCAUUUUCAUUCUUAGUAUGUAGUUUCUACUGUGUGUCAAAAAAAUUCUGUUAAUAGUGAACGUAUUCAGCUAGAAAUGCAUGUUGCAGUACAUACUAUGAGAACUUACAUUGCAACUGCUUACCUUUACUUCAACUUUUAAAAGAGCAUCAAGUUUUAUACAAAGUGUUUUCUUAAGGAUACUGUGUCCUCUUUUAUUUCAGUCUCCCUCUGCAAACUUAGUCACAACAGACUUACCAACAGAGUAUCUGUCAUUCAAAUAAUUGAAAAAAUUAACUUUGGAGGAAAAAAACAAAACCAAAACCAUAAAACCUCUGGAAGAGGAAUCUGUAUGUUUACUUUAUUCAUGAUGGUAUGAAUGAAUUUACCUAAACUGUACUUGUGCAGAAGAAAAAUUGUUGUGACAUGAGUGUGUUCUACUGAUUGUUAAAGUAUUCUGGCAUUGAAGGAAGGAAACGCUUGUGCAAGCUGGUUUAAAGCCUUCCACUGAUGUGCGAUGCAUCAUUAUAGGUAUAUAUUUCCCCCACUGGUUGCAUUGAAACAAAUCUGUUAUCAUCAAUUAACUGUUUAAUUCAGAAGCAAAUAAGGGUUUUCCAGUUAAAAUGGUUGUUUGCUUAUAUCAGAGGAUUCAUAUGCAUCUAGAAGGACUGCACAUAAGUAUUCUUGAAAAAUGUUUUACAGAAUGAUAAAUUUGAAAAAUACCCAUUUCCAACACAACGCACACUACUUUUGCUGAUUGAGUAUUGAGAUUGGAACUAAGGAUAAAGCUGCUAAGAAGCUUAUUAUAUUCAGAUUUCAUCAGUCAUGGAAGAUGAUGGAAAAGGCCUAUUGGUUCUAUUCCUGUAAUGACAAGAAAGUAGGGAUAUGUUUGGUUACUAUUGCUUUUUUCCUGUGAAAGUGUUUUGUUUUGCAUCUGUUCUCUUAUGUUUUCUGAAGUAGAAAUAAUUAAAAUUUAUAUGCAUGAAUAGUGAUACUAAAUUGCUUCAAAACUGAUUUGAGAUAACAUUGUGCCCUAAUUAUAUUAGAGUGAUAUGUAUGUAGCUCAAGGCAUGGGAUGCAAGCAGCAGAGAGCGUGUAUAUGUUACUUUUUAAUAUAGCAGUGAUAGUCUUGGUGAAUUUAACUGUGAGUAAAUGAGUAAAAAAAAUAAAUAAAAUAGAGGAAUUGCUAACAUUUUGGAAGUAUACUGUUGAAAUUGCCAGUGUUGUAUGGCCAAAGACAAUGCGAGAUUGUUUUCAUAGAAUUCAAGAGUUACCACGUGAAUAAGUCCUCACUUGUGACAUCUCUAAUUAGUAAGCAUUUUCUUCUUGACUAUCUUUAAUACUGCCUUCUUUUGCUCAGAGAUGCAUGCCAUGUUAUGCAAUAGCGAGUUAGGUUUAAAGUCUGAAAUACUGUUCCCUCCUUGAUACAUGUAUCAAGUUACAGCAUUCAUUCUUCCAGAAAAAAACACCUGCAACCACUUUUCCUGAGCGUACUGGUCCUGAAAACUUAAUGCUUGGGAAAAUCGCUGCUUUUUCACUAGGUAUUUAUACCUAUAUAUAUAGGUAGUGUUUAGAGCAAUUACUUAAGCUUUCUGCUUUCAUGUUCUGCAUUCAGUUGAAAAUGCAGUUUACAUUAGUGUGUAUUAAGGUGUGUAAAUAUUAAUUUUGUCUCCUUCUCAGGCCUUGUUUUGAACAUAGCAUUUUUAUGGGGAUUAAGAAAGAUACGUGAGUUAUUUACUAAUUCCAAACUGUAAAGCUGUGAGAGGAACAUGUUUUAAACAAUGUAACCCAAACUAGGUUCAAAAGGCUUGUUCCAUUUUUUUUUUUCAAAGGAGAAAACUUGUCACUUGGGCCUUUUUGCUAACUCCUGUCUUAUUCAGGUAGAUAAGCCACCAUCUCUGUAGUAUCUGAAUGUGUUUCAGAAGCUCAUUAAGCAUACCUAAUCUGCGAGAAGUGCUUCAUUCUUCCCCAACCGGCUUCAAACUGUUUUAAGUGCAUAUGUUUGUUGCACUGCUUUUUUUUUUUUUUUUUUUGCUAGCAAGCCAAGCUGUGUAUUUGAAAGUUCCUGUAGAUUUUAAGUAAUACUGGUGAUUUUCAUUCCAUAGUUAAUAGCCACCAUCAGUGUAACACUCUUGGGUUUAAAUGGCUCUUCUGCAUGCUAGGAUGCAUGUUUAUUUGCUGUCCUUACUACAGAAAGUAUUUUGUCUUUAAAUAUCCAUGAAACAAACUUUUAAGUCUGGAAAGAAAUAAAGAAAUGUUGAAUUUGGAUGCACUUUAAACAUUUCAUGAAUUCCUUUUGUAGCUAAUGACAGGCUGCUAAGUUCUGCUCUGAAUAAAAGUUUUCUUAGGACUGUCUGGCCAUGUUGGUUGUAUGCAGCUCAAUGGUGUAAAGGCAGUGCUUUUCAUUUUGCCAUAUGUGGUAGUAACUGACUCUAGCUCUUCAGUAAAUAAUUUUGUUAAAAAAAGGAACGGUCCAAAUUAAAUCAUUAAAAAUGGUAGGGAGAUAUGGCUGAGCAGUGUUUUUGCUUGAAGAUACAGCCCAUAUGCUGGAAGUGAUUUAUUUUUCUUAUUCCUCAUCAAGCUUAGCAUAAGUUUAUCAGCUUUUCUGUGCACACAUGUACUGAAGUUCUGAACUCUUACCAUUUCUGCUACAUGCUGUGGCAGCGCAAAUAAUCUUGGAAAGGAUAUGAGAUAGUCAGUAGUAAUGGGAUUACUUCUGGUAUUUUCUGAGUUUUUAGAUUAUUCUUGAAAUUUUUGUAUAAAUUGCUUAAUUUUUUACGAGGUACAACUUCAGUACUUGAAUAUAGUAAACCUUAAAUAUUUGUAAUAUUAUUUCAUUUAAGUAAAAAGUGAAGCUGGCCAUAAGUUGCUUAUUGUCCACAUCUAUAUUUUAUCCAGUUCAACCUAAAGAUACACUAGACUGAUGACUCUUACUAGAACAGAGGUUGUAACAGAUGGCAAAGACACAGUAUAAACUAAAUAUUAUAUGAACUUAAUUUUAACCAUACUCAAUAGGAUUUUGUAGUCUGUAUUCUUUGAGUAACUUUGAGAUCCAUAGUAUAUUGUCAUAGGUUAAAAUUUAUACCAAACUCAUUGUUCCCUUUUUGGUGACUUUUCUCAAAGUUUAAAGAAAAUCAUGUAUUCUUUUAAUAAGUUGUGACAAAAAUGCAUCAAUUCUGUGAAGUACUGAUUGAUAAACAGUUGCAAUCUGCUUAGAGAUAACUUGGCUCAAAAAAGAUGAAGUAGUUGAUCUAAAGGAACAUUCUUAAGUAAAAAAUAAA